GCGUUGAGGCUGGCGGGUGGCGCAGUUUGACUGUGGCGCUGUUUCAGUACUUCAAGGCUAGCGAGCGUAAGGGUUGAAUCACGGCUUUUUUUUGACUAAAAUUAGCCAGUUUCAGGUCUUUUUUUCUUCUUCAGAGGGGAAAAAAAACCACGCAGGUGUUGCCUUGUGUGAUCUCCUCGCUGCUUUCUUAGCAUUUCCCUGCACUCACUUCAGCCAUGGUGAUGUUCAAGAAGGUGAAGACCUUCCUGAUGACAUUCAGCGAGCCUGAGAAGGUCUACUGCAGUGGGGAGAAGGUGGCCGGGCGUGUGUUGGUGGAGGUGGCUGAGGUGACGCGUGUCAGCGCUGUCAAGGUGUUGGCCUGCGGGGUGGCCAAAGUGAACUGGGCCAAGGGCCCCCAGCAGUGCAGGCAGGAGAUGGAAUACCUGCGCUUUGAGGACGUCCUCACACUGGAGGAGCAGCCCACUGAUGGGGACGGCUCUGUGAUCCUGAGACCUGGGAACAAAUACGAGUAUAAAUUUGGAUUUGAGCUUCCCCAAGGGCCUCUGGGUACCACCUUCAAGGGAAAGUAUGGGUGUGUGGAUUAUUGGGUGAAGGCCUUCUUGGAGCGCCCAUCCUUUCCCACUCAGGAGAUAAAGAAGCGCUUUGAGGUUAUGGAUCCUGUUGAUGUGAACACUCCGGAAUUGCUGUCUCCAGUUGCUGCCAAGAAGGAGAAGAAGGUGUCCUGUAUGUUCAUUCCUGACGGACGGGUGUCGGUCAGCGCUCAAAUCGAUAGGAAGGGGUUUUGUGAAGGUGACGACAUCUGCAUCAAUGCUGACUUCGAGAAUACGUGCUCCCGCAUUGUGGUGCCCAAGGCAGCCAUCAUCGCCAAGCACACCUACCUGGCCAAUGGACAGACCAAGGUUUUCACCCAGAAACUCUCCUGCGUCCGAGGCAACCACAUCAUCUCGGGCAUGUCUGAGUCCUGGCGGGGUAAAACCAUCCGCGUCAAGAAGCUCAAACCUUCCAUCUUGGGCUGCAACAUCCUGCGCGUGGAGUAUUUCCUGCAGAUCUACGUCAGCGUCCCGGGCUCCAAGAAGAUCAUCUUGGAGCUGCCCCUCGUCAUCGGCAGCCGCUCAGGCAUCGGGAGCCGCAGCUCCAGCAUGGCCAGUCAGACCAGCUCCGAGAUGAGCUGGGUGGACUUGAACCUCCCUGAUGCUCCAGAAGCACCCCCUUGCUACCUGGACAUUGUUCCUGAGGACCACCGCCUGGAAAGCCCCACCACUCCCCUCCUGGAUGACCCUGACAGCUUCGACAGCCCCAUCUUCAUGUACGCUCCUGAGUUCAAGUUCAUGCCACCACCCACCUACACGGAGGUGGACCCCUGCAUUGCCAACAACAACAUCCAGUGAGCGCCGGGGCCAAAAUUAACUCUACGGCUUUUUUUCUGGACUCUGGCUGUGCCACGGUGGCCAUGGGCAGAGCCCUGCCGCAGAGGGCAGCGCUGGAGGGGGCAGCGGCUCCCGGUGAGCAUGGCGGAGGUGGUGAAGUGUCUUGAGUCUUUGUGUUCCCUCGUGUGCUGGCUGUGCCCACCAGACCCUGCGGUGGCUCCCGGUGGGGUCCUGGGCCUUGUGUAUGGCCAAAAUCUUCCGAAAAAACCCAAAACUACCAAGGUGCUUCCAUGGACAUUGGCGGGAGAACUUGAGGUGGAGCAGGGGAGGUGUGAAAGCCUCGGCCACCUGAGUUACAAACCCUGAAGAGAGGCAGAAUCCAGCCUAGAAAAAGACUUCAAAAACCAAAGAACCGUAUCAGCAAUUGCCAUCAUGAUGCCUUCGCUCCGGUGACGCCGUCCUCGGGGACGGAGGUGACCUGUUGCUGCCUGUCAGCAUUCCCGAGCACAGGGUGUCCUGCCGGAGGAAGCAGCUCCGUGCAGCUGCUGAGGAAGGCGCCAGCCCUGCUUAGAGAAGCUUGAGCCGGUCUCCCCAGAGCUUCCUGCUCUCGGGAAUUCCCGUGGGAAGCUUGGCUCUGGGGUGCAGCCCCUUGGGGUGUUGAAUUUUCUCAGCCCGUGGAAGCCGAUGCUCCUGUCGGUAACGGCCAUGCUGGCCUCCCCCCGCCACUGUGUCCCAGCUACUGCCAGGAAUCCUGAUGGAAUCCUGCGGGACACGUGGGGGACAGUCUCUUCCCUGUUCCCCAUCCCCACCAAAGCAUCACUGUGGGGUGGCCGGGGGGGUCUGGGCUGAUCCUGGGGGAAUCCAAUCCCAUCCUGGGCAGGGACUGGUGCUUUCCAGGACGUGGGGAAGUGAGCUGCGAUCCUGGAGUGUUGAAGGCGCAACUGCAGAUGAUUUAAUUUCUCAUUUUCUACUGUUUUGUAUCUUGGGCGGGGGGCGGGG